GUACUGAUCCCGACGACACUCAUUCUCUGCUUUGUAGAUGAUCUGUUUGCAGCAUCCAACAAGGAUACAUCGAGAGGCUUCACCCAUUGGAAUCCCCAGAGUAAUGAGUUACCUGGAUGACGUGCCAUUCAAAUUCUAUGAUGGAUUCAUACCUUUCUCCUCUUCCAGCGAUGGGACCCCUAACCUCUCAGACGUCAAUGUCCCAGACUGCAGUGAGAUAUUGAUGUGUACUCUGCACGAUUUCUCUGUAGAGAGGAAGGUCCUGGAUUGGGUAGAAAAAAUGUAUGGUCGAAAAACCUCCACGUCUAAUAUCCGGCCCACAGCUCCUUCAUACUGGAUGGUGCAUGAUGGAAAAGGGGGUCCUAAGACCAGACGUAACAGUCCCCAGAGACCUCCUGUGCCUAUGCGGAGGAGUAGAAGCCUAAGCAUACCCGAUGUCCACGUUAGUCGCCCACGAAGCAGCCGGGGAGCAGCAGAGAACACUGAAAACAAUGAAGGAACCUUUGAGGAAGAUGGUUACUCCGAGGAUGAUGAAUACUCUUCUUCAGAGGAAAGUGAGAUGGAAGCUCGGCAGAGAGAAGUCGAGGCUCGUUUGUGUAGAAGCCCUCAGCCCCAGUGGACUGCUAGGCCCCGUACUUCUCCCCUCCUGCCAAGCCCUCCACCCAAAUGCCGCUGCUCUCAUUCUGAAUCUCCACCAUCCCACGUUAAAAAGAGAAUGUCCUUGACCCCUCCACAUAGUUUUAGGGGUGAGGUGGAAGCAGCAAACAAGAGAAUUACAGCACUGGUUCAUCCCCAUAAGGGAAGCCCUGAAGGUAGAGGAUCUCCACCGGGCCAGCACCAGAGAAGCAGCCGUUGUGGAGCCACUUUGAGCCCAACGCCACCUCCAACUUCAACGUGUUGCUGUCCGAAGAGACCACACAGCGCUGGCUCCAUCCCACCAAUACGCUGCCACAAGCCCACCCACAUGUCUUUGAGCCCAUACUCCUGCCUUCCACCUACACGACAAAAUUACUCAGACUCCUCAGGGGAUGUUCUUCAAGCUCUUAGCCAAGAAGAGCAAGAUGUCAUUGAGGCUGUGACUUCCAUGGGAUACCCUGUGCGCAGAGCUUUGAUUGCACUCCAAAAAAUGGGAGGACAAAGCCUAGAACAGGUCUUGGGUUAUCUGGGAGCCACAGAUCGACUUUGUAAACUUGGAUAUGAGGAGGGCCUGGUGGAAGAGGCCAUGGAGAUGUUCCAAAACUCGGAGAUAAAGGCCGCUGAAUACCUCCGCCUCUUACUUCAGUUCCAUGACAUGGGAUUUCAGCAGGAGGACAUCAAGGAAGUUCUCCUAAUUUAUGACAAUCACAGAGAUCGAUCCCUGGAGGAACUCAUGAUGAGAGCACAGUGAAAGCAAAACAAGGUGUAGCCUAAGAGAGAAGUAUACCCGGGGGGGGG